AUGGCAAGCAAAGAGCUGACAGAAGAAGGUGCAGACAACCUCCUGGCGCAGCUAGACACCGCGUACAGGCGUGUGGAGGAGUCGCAGGGCAGCAGAGUAAAAUUGGAGUCAGCAGAGAUCAACCUGUUGAAGGUGCUGGAGCAGGCACGCGACAUGCUCACCACUGCGCUGAUGGCUUCCGCAGAUCGGGCAGCACUGAAGGAAAUCUUCGGUGGUUCUUGCCGCAGAACUGGCAGAAUUCGUGCCGUUCUUGACGCCGCCCAAUUCACCUCCGAGCGGGUCGUUGACCCACGGCUCAUGGGUUGCCGAAAUGCCUGCGAGUCAGUGGAGCAAGUUCUGCGAGACCUCGGGUUAGGUGCAGCUCUACGGGCUGCGCAGGUGGCCGAGCGAGAGGCACUGGCGAAAGAGAAGGCCAUGAUUGCAUCUACUCGCACGCCACCAAAAGCGCCUCCAGGUGGUGAGGAUGCCGCCGCUGCAGCCGCUGCGGCUGCAGCUGCGAAGGUGGCAGAGGAAGCAGACCGCUUGGCCCACGAAGAGGCGGCGAGGAAAGUUGCAGAAGCCGAAGAUGCAGCCAAGAAGGCUGCUGCAGAAGAAGCUGCCAGAGCAGCUGCUCUUGAAGCGGCGGAGAGAGAGGCGGCUAAGGAAGAGGCCGCGAGAACAGCCGCAGUAGAAGCAGCAAGAAGAGCUGCAGAGGAACAGGCGGCAAGAAUAGCGGCUGCAGAAGAGGCGGCGAGAAGACUUGCUGAAGAGACAAAGGCAAGAAGAGCUGAAGAGGAAGAGGCGGCGAGAAGACUUGCCGAAGAGACAGCCGCUGCAGAAGCAGCAAGGAGAGCUGAAGAGGAAGAGGCGGUGAGAAGAGCGGCUGCGGAAGACGCGGCGAGAAAGACUGCUGAAGAGGCAGCCAGAAGAGAAGCAGAAGCUCGUGCGGCUGAAAUCGCAGCCAGGAAAGCUUCUGAAGAGGAAGCUAGGAAGCGCCGUGAAGAAGAGGUGCAUCCGAAGGGCAAGGGCGGAAAAGGAAAAGGCAAAGCCAAAGGCAAGCAUCCAGGACCAGGUGCGGAAAUAUGCACCCCGGCGCGGCCGCUGUGUCAUGCCGAGAAAGUCCCGCUGUGCAAGAUCGGUUGCGGCCGACAAGUUGCGCCCGGGGUGACCAGACAUGGAAAGCCGUUCGACACCUGCUGCCGGGGAUGCGCGCUGGGGGCGGGUCACGACGAUCUAUGCGGAAAGAUCAACCCUUCAAAGGUCGGCCCAGGAAAGUGCAAGAUGGGCUGCGGCCUGGAUGCGGCCAAAGGCCGCGACUCUUCUGGCUGGGCCUUGGAUACCUGUUGCCGUGGCUGCGCCACUGGCGAAGGCCACGACGGCAAGUGCGGCAAGGAUGUCGGGGACAGGGAAGUUCCGUAUACUACCAUCGACCCGAGUGAGUCCUUCUACCGCAUGGCCAAAGUCCAGCUGCCAGCGGUUCAAUACAAUCAGCUCGUGCAGGAGAUUCGGGAACUGAACCGCAAGAGCCAGUCUCUGGAGGAAUGCCACCGCAAAUGCUCAGUGUUGAUUGGAGAUGGUAAAGAAGAGCUGCUACUGGAGCUGAGGAGGUUGCUUGCAGCAUCCAGCGUUCG